AUGUACUGUGAAUGUGGCUUUGCCAGCACCCAGCUUCCUGGCAGCCUUCAGCAGGCCUUGGCACUUUCUAGAAGCAAUGCAAAGCUGAACAAAUUAUGCCAGCCCAUCAGUAAUCUAGCUUUACGGUACUCAAGGCUUCUAAGUUUUUUCAUCCGCAUUUUCACAACCACGUCUUGCCGAUCGGACUCCAUGGUCCAGCCGCGCACGUUCUCCACCUGCCCUAUACGACAUCUUGCUGGAUGCGAGGAGUAUGAGAAUGCGGACGUCACGCAAUAA